CUUUAUUGCUACCAGCUCGUUCUGCUGGAGCAUAUGCCCUUGUCAGUGGAGUUCGCUGUCAAGAUAAAGCAAAAUAUCCUGUAAAGCAGGGUUUUAUUUCACAGUUUUGUGCUAUAUAGCAUACCUUUGGUUUUAGGACCAUGGCUGCCAAGAUUUUGCCUGUAGUCAAGUUUGCAACAAAAGUGACCAUUGCAGGUGGCGCCCUAUACGUUGCAUAUGAUUCAGGACUUCUUGGAGAUGGUAAAGAGGGAUCUGUCGCCUUGGGUCGAGCUAAAGCUGCCUUCCCACCUGCUGUAGAGGAGUGGAUGAAGUAUUUCAGCUUCGAGCUUCCUGCCACGCCCAAAAUUGAGUUCUCACCACUGGAUGCAUGGAACUCAGGGGUCCAGAAGUCUAUCCAUGCCCUAUCAGUCGCCCCAUCCACAGUUAGUGACUACACCAAACAAGGCCUCCAAUACGUUAAAGACCUCACAAAAUGAGCAUUUAGAACUGUAAAAUUAGUAUAAGUUGCUAUUGAAACAUUUCAGUGGAUGAGAAGACUUACUCACUUCAUGAAGUGUUUUCCCUUGCAUAUAUGUCACAGACUAAAGUCCAUUAAGUUUUGAGGAACAACAAGUUGAAUGAUUAAAGUUAUGAAUAUAAUAAUGGUACAAACCAAACUGUUCAGUUUUUCAGUUUUUUCCCUUUGGUAACAGAAAUAACAGAACCGUUGUAAAGCUUUGAGAGGAGUCAAAAAUAAUUUGAAGAUCAUAAUAUAAGUGAGUAAGUGUGUUCUGUAUGUAUAUUGUUAUUCAACUCUUUUAUUUAUUUAAGAAAUCUCUUUCUGGAAGUGUUCUGUUCUGGCAUUGAUCUUCCCCUUGAAUCAUCUGAAAUUCACCCUUUUUAUAUAGGCACUAAAGGACUGCAAAGUUUUGUAUAGUUUAGAAUUCCAUGUUGCUCUGUCUGAUGUAAAAUAAAUCAUGU